AUGGAUUUCAUAUAUAUAAGAGAGUUGGAGAAGGGUGCUGGUGCUCGAGCUGAAGAUUUUGAUUCGCUGUUUGAAGGAUGUCGAUGUGUUGGAUUAUGUACUGCAGCAAACCGCUGCUCAUGCUUGUUUAGACAACAAGAUAUUUAUCAAGAUAGUAAAUAUAUAAAAGCUGAAUCGGUUUCACUACCAGUUAUCGAAUGCUCAUCUCAGUGCUUAUGUUCUUUGAAUAGUGAAUCGUGUGGAAACCGAUGUGUUCAGUUUGGAGUUACAUUACCGCUGGAGGUUUCGUUUUUUAUUUGCUCUUUUAAAAUUUAUUCUCAGGUUUUUAAAACAACAAACAAAGGUUUUGGUGUAAGGUGUUCUGAGCCUAUCCGAAAAGGAAGAUUCGUUACUGAAUAUGUCGGUGAGGUAAUCGGACCAUUGGAAGUAAAGCGACGAUCACCUCAUACAGUUUAUACUCUAAUUAUCAAAGAACAAUUUCAUGGUGGGUGCAAGAAUCAAACUACAUAUAUAGAUGCAAAUAAACGAGGAAAUAUUGCACGUUUCAUUAAUCACAGUUGUGAUCCGAAUCUGGAGAUGGUUAUAGUACGAAUUGGCAGUCCAUGUGUGCAUGUUGGUCUUUUUGCUUCCCAGUUUAUUUCACCUUUUGAAGAACUUUCAUACGACUAUGGUGUUAAUAUUCUAAGGGAUGGCAGCCAUUCACAAAAAUUAUGCCUUUGUGCUAGUUCAAACUGUCACUUAUAUUUACCUGCUUCAUAA